GAAGGACUGGUCAUCAUCCUCUCUUUAGCAGGACUUUACUGCCAUCAAAUCUCAUCAUCCAGCUUUUGCUUAAGAGAAUAACAGAAAACAGCAUUUACAGUUAUGUUCCCUGUGUUCUUGCUGGUUCUUUCUCGUGUUCAUAGUGCUUUGCAGCUGGCAGACACUGGAGCAUUUUUAAUAUAUAAUGAAGUGAACAAACUCUGUCUUCAGACAUCUAUCACACAGUCAGUUAGAACUGCCACUUGCCAUCAAGACAACGAAUCACAAAAAUUCAGGUGGAUCACUGAUCAUCAGCUUAUGAGUGUGAGAUUUAACCUAUGCCUGGGAGUGCCAUCAAAGGAGGAUCAGACUGUGAUCACCCUAUAUCCGUGUAAUCAAACAAGUGAGCUCCAGUGGUGGGAAUGCAGAAACGAAAGCCUCCUUGCAAUACAAGGAGAAGAUUUGUUUUUCAGUCCUGGCAAUGAAGAACAUGAUAAUGUUUUGUUAAAGAAGAGGUUGAGUGCAAGCAAUAAGUGGAAGAUCUAUGGGGCUAUGGAUAUUUUAUGUUCCAGGGGAUAUGAAGAGACUUUUACACUGCUGGGAAAUGCUUUUGGGGCACCGUGUGUAUUCCCUUUCCUGUUCAAUAAGCGCUGGCACGCCGAGUGCACAGCUGCUGGCCGCUCAGAUGGACGGCUCUGGUGUGCAACCACUGCAGACUACGACACAGACCAGCUAUAUGGGUUGUGCCCAUCCAAAGAUGAAGACAGCACCUGGACUACAGAUCUCUUAACAAAUACCCACUACCAAAUAAACUCUGACUCAGCUCUCACGUGGCACCAAGCCAGGAAGAGCUGUCAGCAGCAAAAUGCAGAGCUAUUGAGUAUCACCAACAUCCAUGAGCAAACAUACCUUAAAGAUUUAAUAGAAGGUACAGAUUCUGCACUGUGGAUUGGACUCAACAGAUUGGACUUGAGGAGUGGAUGGGAGUGGAUUGGAGGCAGCCCUUUUCAGUACCUAAACUGGGCUCCAGGAAACCCCUCCCCAAAAUCUGGAAAAUUCUGUGUGGUUCUGAAUCCUGAAACAAAAGCUAAAUGGAAAAACUUGGAAUGUGAAGAGCGACUUGGCUACAUUUGCAAGAAAAGAAACUUUACCUUGGUUCCCUCAGCUGAUAUUGGACCUGUUACUUGUCCAGAUGGAUGGGUACCUUAUCUAGAUCAUUGUUACAAGAUCUUCAGGGAGACGAAACAAUGGGAAGAAGCUUUGGCCUCUUGUCAGAAGGAAGGGAGUCAGCUGGCCAGCAUCCAAAGCCUUGAGGAGCACAGCUUUAUCGUGUCUCAGCUUGGGUACAAGCCAACAGACAAGCUAUGGAUUGGGCUGAAUGACCACAAGGUUCAAAUGUAUUUUGAAUGGAGUGAUGGUAUGCCAGUGACAUACACAAAAUGGCACCUGGGAGAGCCAUCCACUACAAACAACAGGCCAGAGGAUUGUGUACUGAUAAAGGGCCAGGAUGGCUAUUGGGCAGACUAUGUCUGUGAGAAUAAAGCUGGCUACAUUUGUAAAAGAAAACCUAUGACCCAAAUAGUUAGAGCAAAGGAAAUUACUGAUGCAGGUUGCAAAAAAGGAUGGAGAAGAUAUGGGACCUACUGCUAUUUUAUUGGACAUGCUCCAGCAACGUUUUCAGAAGCUAACAUCACUUGUGAUGGAGAAAAAGGUUACCUAGCCACAGUUGAAAGUAGGUAUGAACAAGCCUAUCUGAUUAGCCUUAUUGGGCUGAGACCUGAGAAAUAUUUCUGGCUUGGUCUCUCUGACAUGGAGGACCAAGGCACUUUCAGAUGGGCCAAUGGUGAAGCUGUGUCCUUCACACACUGGGAUGUAGCAAUGCCUGGAAGUAAUCCAGGAUGUGUAGCCAUGAAAACUGGGUCUGCAGCUGGAUUAUGGGAUGUUCUUGACUGCAAGACAAAGCAAAAGUAUAUCUGUAAGCAAUGGGCAAAGAAUGCAACAGCUCCUCCCAUUCCAACUACUGCUCUGGUCCCCACAUGCCCUGAGGGCUGGGUGUCAAACGACCAUAGCAGUUUCUGUUUUAAAGUUUUUUGUGUAUCAAAUAUUAAAAAGAAAUCAUGGCUUGAAGCUCGAGAUUUUUGUAGACAAAUAGGAGGAGAUUUGGUCACCAUUAAGAGUAAAGAAGAGACGGUGUUACUAUCAAAAGCAAUGAGUGCCUCUCAAUGUUAUUUCGAAAGAGUUUGGCUUGGUAUAUUUUCCCUGAAUCCAGAUGAAGGAUUUGCCUGGAGUGAUGGCUCUCCAGUUAAGUACACAAGCUGGGACGAUACUGCAAGCAAUUCAGGAGGACACAAGUUCUGUGGUGUAGUCAAGGGGUAUUCCUAUGGGAAAUGGUUUCUUUCGGUCUGUGAAGUACAUCACAACUGGGUUUGUCAAAUAAAAAAAGGAGUGCCAUUAAAGUCUGAACCAAUUGACACCUAUGAAUAUAAAACCACUGCAGAUGGAUGGGUCAUAUAUGGAGAUAUGCUAUACUACAUCAGCAAGGAACAUGUCCCAAUGGAAAAAGCCCAGGAGUUUUGCAGGAUGAAUUCUUCAGACCUGGCUGUUGUUAAUAGCAAUAGCAAGAGAAGAUUCCUACACAGAGCACUGAAAGAAAACGAGGAUUCUUGGACACGGUCAAAAUACUUCAUUGGUCUAAAAGUGAGUCUUGAUAAAAAGUUUAGAUGGAUAGAUGGGACUCCAGUGACCUAUGUGGCCUGGGCUCCUAAUGAACCCAAUUUUGCAAAUAACGAGGAAAAUUGUGUGGAAAUGUCCUCAGAGCAUGGCUUGUGGAAUGAUGUAAACUGUGGUUCCUUCAAUAGAUUUGUAUGUGAAAAGCAUAACAGUUCUAGCAAUUCAACAUUUGCUUCUCCAUUACCUCCUGGAGGAUGUUUGGAAAGUUGGUUGUUCUUUAACAACAAGUGUUUCAGAAUAUUUGCUUCCAACACAACGAGAAAGCUCCCAUGGCAUGCUGCACGAGAUGUUUGUGUUGAUUUGGGAGGAAACCUGGCUAGCAUACCAAAUGAACAAGUGCAAGCUUUCCUCUUCUAUCAUUUAGAGGGUGCCACGACCGAUGUUUGGAUUGGCAUGAAUGAUAUCAACAAAGAGUCCACGUUUCUUUGGACAGAUGGAAGCACUGUUUCCUACACCAACUGGAUUAAUGGUGCACCAGAAAAGAAACAAAGUUACUUUGACUAUUAUGAAUAUGAAGAAUUGACAGACAUCACCAUGGAGACAGAUUGUGUCUUCAUCAUGAAAUCAGAAGGCAAAUGGAGAGAUGAUAGCUGUGACAACGAGAGAGGCUAUAUAUGCCAGAUGGAUUCAAUUACCACACAGUCUCAAGUACCAACAACAAAUCCAUUCUCUGGCUUUGUCCGUUAUGGUGACAGUAGCUAUUCAAUCAUCUCAUCUGAAAUGCAAUGGGAAGAGGCCAGAAAAAAUUGUCUAGAUAAGCAAGCAGACCUUGCCAGCAUUUCAGACAGCUACAUCCACUCGUUUCUGUGGAUCCAGAUGCUGAAAUAUGGAAAACCCCUAUGGAUUGGUCUUAACAGCAAUAUGACUGGCAGCUAUUACAAAUGGACUGAUAACUGGAAAACCAGGUACACAAAAUGGGCUGCAGGGGAACCAAAGGACAAGAAUUCUUGUGUCUACCUAGAUCUUGAUGGUACUUGGAAAACAGCAUCCUGUAAUGAAAGCUACUUCUCAGUUUGUAAGAUAUCAGAUGCUCUAGCUCCUACUGACCCUGCUCAGCUGCCUGGAGUCUGCCCUGAAACAGCUGAGCUCCAAGCUUGGAUCCCUUACCAUGGCCACUGCUACUACUUUGAAGCAUCAGCUGGGACAAGCUGGGCACAGGCCUCCCUUCAGUGUGCUCAGUUAGGUGCUACUUUGGUUUCCAUUGAAAACAUGGAUGAAUCUGACUUUCUGAUCCAUACAAUACAACCACUUGGAGAUAAAGUAGGAGGCUUCUGGAUAGGACUUUACCGAAAUGUGGAUGACCAGUGGUUGUGGCUAGAUAACACUGCUGUGAGCUUUGUUAAUUGGGAGGAGAAAGAGUCCAGUGUAGAGCAUCACUGUGUUGAAAUGACUGCACCAUCUGGUUAUUGGGACAACACUGAUUGCUAUUCUGAAAAAGCAUAUAUCUGCAAAAAACCCAAAGUUGAGCCAAGUGGGAGUCCUCUACAACAAAAAGGCAAAGAAGAGAAUGAAGAGACUCACCCACCUGUUCACAUCUCUGUUUGGCUGCUUGUUUUCUUGGCUAUUCUCACUCUUCUUGGAGUUAGCAUCUCAGUCUACUUCUACCAGCGAAAAAGACAAAACCAACCAUCAACAGAUCUGGGCAUUGAAACACUUCUAAAAUGAUGUCUGGGUGAUUGAAGGAUUGGUCAGAUUGGGUCCAGAAGCAUGUGCUACUUCACAGUAGCAAGUUACUUGAUGAAAUGAAAGGAUGUAUCUGCUAAAAGUCUCUAAUGAGGAUAUCUGUAAUCUUAAAUUAAAUCUCUUUUCUCCUUUUUUGCA